UAAAAACAAACACAGUUUAUAAAUGUUAGCCCCUUAUCGCGGUGAUGCGGCACUUAAAACCAAACACUCGAUUAAUUUUUCCCCUAGGACCGAGCGGACGAUUACUUGUAUAAAGGUUGCACCGCGCAAAACGCACUCGAAGAACUCUCGAAGGCACUCAAACUGAACCUGAGGCACUCGGAUCGCAUCGAAAGAGCGAAGUUUAAAAGUUUAAUGACCGUUUUCACUUUUAUUCACUGAGAACGGCGGUUCGGAGCUCAGUAAGCCACCGAUAGUCUCAGCGCACAGUUCGCGGAGCUCUCCAAAUCUCGUAGCCAUGGCCAGUUCGACGUCCGUAAUCCCGAACUCCGUAAUCCCCACAACCGUAAAUCCCGAUAUUCAGAAGGAACGCGAUGCAGCGACGUUCAACAGCGAAGAAUUCGCCGCCUGGUGGUCCGGAGGCGAGGAGAUUCUAAAGUUCAACAGGGGCGUUCGUGACUAUAUGCAAAAGGAUGUGGAUGUUCUAGAGAUGCUGCAGCUGCAGAACAAAUCGCACGAGGAGAUCAUCGAGUUCUCCACGCGGGGAGCCAUUGAGGCGGCCAAGAAGCUGCGCCGCCUGCAGGAGGAGCGUAAUCCUGGCGGAGACGACUACUGGCCGAAACUAUACGACCAUCAAGUUAUGUGGGGUCUUGUUCCCGGAGGCAAUCCCUUCGGCGUUAUGUACGUGAUGCUGGUGAAAGCUCUAGAGGCUCAGUGCACUCCGGAACAGUACGAGGAUUUCGGCAAGCGGCUGGAACGCUUCGAGAUCUGCGGCACCUAUGCCCAAACGGAACUGGGCCAUGGAACCUAUCUGCGCGGCCUCGAAACCCGGGCUGAUUUCGACCCCAAAACAGAUGAAUUUGUGCUUAACACCCCCAAGAUCUCCUCCUACAAGUUUUGGCCGGGAGGCUUGGGUCAUAGUUCUAGCUACUGCCUGGUGAUGGCCCAGCUGUAUAUCGACAACAAGUCCAAGGGUCCGCACAUGUUCUUCAUCCAGGUGCGCGAUGAGGAAACCCACGAGCCCCUGCCUGGCGUCCACAUCGGUGACAUUGGCAAGAAGAUGGGCUUCAUUGGGGUGAACAAUGGCUUCCUGGGCCUGAAGAACGUGAGGAUACCUCGCACCCGCAUGCUGAUGCGACAUGCCAAGGUCAACGCCGACGGAUCCUACGUUAGCAGUCCUACCAACGUACUCACCUACUUUGCCAUGGUGCGCACGCGCUGCGUGAUCGUUAAGAAUAAUGCCUUGAUGUUGGCGGCAGCUUCCACCAUUGCCACCAGGUACUCGGCUGUGCGACGCCAGAGCCCCAUCAAUCCGGAGGAACCCGAGCCCCAGAUCAUCGAUCACGUUACGCAGCAAAUGAAGCUCUUCCCAGAGAUAGCCACCAGCUUGGCCUACCGGCUGGCCAGCGAUUACCUUUGGAACCUGUACGAUGUGACCCUUGAGGACAUAGAAAACGGGCAGUACGAGCGCCUGCCGGAGCUGCAUUCCCUGUCGUGCGCCUUGAAAGUCACCUGCUCUACGGACUCCACCGCAGGCGUGGAGCGAUUGCGGCUGGCCUGUGGCGGUCACGGAUACCUCACCUCAUCCAAUAUGAGCAACAUUUACGUCAAUGCCACCGCAGCCUGCACAUAUGAGGGAGAGAACACAGUACUGCUCCUGCAGAUCGGUCGCUUCUUGAUGAAAACUUGGCGAGCGGCGCUGAGUGGAGCUCCGUUGCCGCCCACAGUUCGCUACCUGGCUGAGGCUCAAAAGAAUCCGGAGUUCGGUCGCUGGACCGGUAGUUGGGAGAACAUGGUGAAGGCCAUGCAGUACGCAGCAGCCAAUAAGACCCGCUUGGCUUUCAAGAGCCUGACCAACCGUCUCUCUAGGGGCGAGACCGAGGGGAAUGCGGCGAAUCACACGGGCAUUGAGCUCACCCAGGCGGCAGAGCUUCAUGGACGUGCCUUCGUUUUUGGUAGUUUUACGGAGGGAGUGACAGGUCCCAGUUCUAAGACUCGCUCAGCUGCAUUUAACCAAGUCCUGGAAAACCUUUUGGAACUCUACCUGGUCAAGGAGACUCUUAAUCAAAUGAGCCACCUGCUUCGGUUUAUUGAGUUGACCGAUACGGAUUUAUCCCGGCUACAGGAUCGUUUGGAAACUGCUCUCACCAAACUGCGACCCAAUGCUGUGGCCAUUGUGGAUGGUUUUGACUUCAGUGAUCUUCAACUGAACUCCACUCUGGGCUCGUAUGAUGGCAAUGCUCAUGAACGCAUCUUCGAUGCGGCCCUUAAAAACCCAGUGAAUCAGAGAUCAGUACCAAAGUACUUCCAUGAGCUCCUGAAGCCCUUCAUGAAGUCCAAUAUCUAGUCCCUACCACAGGGUUUUAUUAAAUUUGUAACCCAUUAUUUAGUGCCAAGCUCUAUUUGAUGUAUAUACCCAUUAUGUAUUGGUGAUUUGUGUGAUCAUAACCAGUUUUGUUAUUAUUUUUGUAAAUACCUCUCUUAAAUAUUAUGUUGUCAACAAA